UUGGCGAUAGCGCUCUGGUUGAACACGCUGAUUUAAACCCCCCUCCCAAGUGAGAUUGGAGCACUUUCAGUUCGACGGGAUUUGGAAGGCAAUACGGAGUUAGUUGCCUUGGUACUGCUAAAGCUUCGGAAGGGAAUGCUCAUCUUUAAUCGACUUUUGCUUUAUGUAGAUAUGGGCCGACGGAGAUGGCACACUUUGCUGGGCAUCGCCCUUCUUCUGGUCACGGUGGAUCACUGUGAAGGCAGAGCGGAGCUGAGGCAGAAAGCGAGACAAUUACCUUUAGACCUCAUCUUGAAAGGCACGGGGGACAGCAAUCGCGGGGGCAGGAACACAGUUAAGCGAUACGACACUUUCUACGCCUUGGAUCAAGACUACAAACAGAUCACGAAAGAAAAAGUGGUGUUUGUCCCAAGGCAGGACAAACCAAUAGAGAUUGUCCAUAGAGACCCCAACUUGAAAGGGAAGUUUUUAAAUCAUUUUGCAGGACCAAUCUCAUUCUCAUCUGAGUGCAGUAAGCAGUUUCAGCGUCUUUAUUAUAACACAAGGGAAUGUUCCACACCAACUU